GCCCAGCCCUUGCUCUUGCCGAGGAGAAGCCACCGCUUGACGACGGCGACGGCGACGACGACGACGGCGACGCAUCUUCGGCGCUUCUUCCUGGCCUGCUGGCGCCGCCCCUGGCCCGGCACCCCUGGCCCGAGGCUCGAGAGGCAUUGGCAAAGCCGGGCUGCCCGCAAGAGUCGAGUAGACGUAAGAGAGACCUUUCAGAGCCACUCCUUCGCGCAGCCGACGCUAGCCGCCGCGCGCGCUCCGGCGCCGAAAUGGUGGGCGUGGCGUCUUUCUUCGUCCUGAACAGAAACGGCUCUCUGAUCUACGACCUGGAGCUCCAGAGCACGGGCUCCACGCUGUCCUCCAACGACAAGAUCAGGCUGUCGUCCACGUUCCACGGCAUCAGCGCCAUCGCGUCACAGGUGUCGCCAGUGCGGAACCGCGCGGGGGGAGCCUUCAGCUAUCCAGCCCCGAGGGGGAUCACCUCCAUGGACGCCAGCACGUUCCGGCUGCAGUGCUUCCCCACCCUGACGGGCAUGAAGUUCUUCUGCGUGGCCCUGCCGCCGCUGCAGGACUGCGAGCCCCUGCUGCGGCAGGCGUACGCGCUGUACAGCGACUUCGUGCUGAAGAACCCCUUCUACGAGCUGGACAUGCCCGUGCGCUGCGAGCUGUUCGACCGGGAGAUGAGGAAGCUCCUCGGCGACCCGCUGCAGGCCGCGGGCAGGUAGCGCGCGGCCCGCCCUGCCAUGGGCCGCCCCCCCCCCCCCCUCCUCCGCCUCCUCCUCCUCCUGAUGAGGAGUAGCGCGCCCCCCCCCUGUGCGGGCGGCGCGGUUCGCCGCGACGCGGGGCGCCCGGGC